AUGGUUAGUGGAAAUGAAGGUGCAGAUUUAGCACAGGCUGGUACAGAAUCUGCCCUACCCACACAUAAUGAACCUGCUAUUGUUCUGACUCCCAUCCAAGGAUCAGAACAUGUGCAACAGUUUUUACAGACUGUACCAGAUAGUGUAUUGUUGAGCAAACAGAAGAGUAUCCAACCUAGUCGCCUCACUCGCAACGCCAAUAGAUCACUUUUCCCAAAUGAUAAAGAUAGUACUGAGACAGUGACAUUUAUUACAUCACAAACACUGAGGAAUACUGCUGCAAAUAAAAAGCUACAAUGCAGAAAGAAAGGAGGAAAGCUUAGUGGACAUGCUCUAGAAAAGAUUGCUAUGGACUACUUUGAGGAAGAAGAGGAGGAACCUGAGAUGAUGGCACAAGAGGUGUUUUAG